GGCCGAGCUGCAGCGCGCCGGCGCGUUCGCCCUCUCGGAGCUCCUCGCGGAGGAGGAGUGCGCGCGCGAGGCUCUGGAGGAGGGCGCCCCGGCCUUGCUCAUGCAGGCUCUGGACGGUCACCCGGGCCAUGCCGAUCUGCAGGCCAGCAGCCUCAAGGCGACGCGGCUCCUGAGCCGGCUGCCCGCCGCCGCCCGUGCGCAGAGCGGCGAGGCCGCCGCGGCCGCGCCCGAGGACUCCUCGGGCCAGGACGCCCUGCCGGCUGCGACGAGCUUCACGUUGGUGCAGUGCCGGUCCACUCCGACCGCGCCAGGUGCCUGGGCGCUCAAAGCCUGCCUGCUCACCGCGUUCUCUCUGGCCGCCUUGGCCGAGUACGGGUCCGCGUCCGCCGCCCUCCCGCAGCUGCUUGGGCGGGUGGUCGCCAGCAGAGCCGAGGAGGAAGAGGACGGAGAGGACUGAGCUGCUUGUCUUUGGGCGUCGCGAAAGGUUGUUUGGGCUUGCCUGCAGGCGCCAGAGGCAGCGAGCAAAUGACCGCCGGCAGCGCAGGAAGCGGGGUGCGUGGACUGAGCUUGCGGCGUGCGCAAAAAAGAACAUUUCCC